CGCCGCCUCCCCCGCCCGGCCCGCCUCACCCCAACGGGGGAGCGCGGAACAGCCGGCCCGGAGCGGCGUCGCCGCUUCCCGCCUCGGCGGCUGCCCCUCGCCGGGAGCAACAGGGGGAAUGCAUAUGAGGAGCAGUGACACGAAGAAACCUUCGCGAAGGUCGUGUAAAGGAAAACUUGGCUAGUGGGGCAUCUCCUUCCGGAACAGAUUGCAGCCGCUACCUUCCACUGAAAUAGUUGCACAAGGUGAUGGCCGCCCCGCGGCGGCCGAGAGCCCUCCGCCCGGGCGCGGCGCGGCGCCGGCGCAGCUAGCGCGGCUCCAUGGAAGGCAGCGGCGCGGCGGAGGAGGAGGAGAGCGGGGCCGGGCCCGGCGCCCCGCCGCCGCCCCCGCCCACCCCGGCCGCCCCCUGCGGCUUCAGCUCCUCCCUCUGCUUCAGCGCCGCCGCCGCCGAGCCGCAGCCGCCCGCCGCCGGCGGCCGGGUGGUGGAGAGCCAGUGGGAGAUCAACAACGCCGCCUGCCAGCCGGAGGAGGAGGAGGAGGCGGCGGGGGCGCGGGAGCGGCCGGCGGAGGAGCCCGACCUGGUGAUCGAGGUGUCGGGGCGUCGCAUCCGGGCGCACAAGUCGGUGCUGGCGGCCAAGAGCGACUACUUUCGCGCCCGCGCCUCACGGGAUGUCCUGCGGGUGAAGGGGGUGAGCUACGGGGCGCUGCGGCUCCUCAUCGACUACGUGUACACAGCCCGCAUGGGCGAGGUGCGGCACGACAACCUGGCCGAGGUGGUGAGCGGCGCCCGUGUCCUCCAGAUGCCUUGCGCCCUGCACUGCGCUGCCGAGGCCAUGCGCGCCCAGCUCCGCCUCGACAACUGCUACCAGCUCCUCUGCCUGGCCAAAAAGCAGCGGCUGGCGGAGCUGCGGGAGGCCGCCUACCGCUUCAUGAGUGACCACUACCUGGAGGUGCUGCGGGAGCCCAGCGUCUACGGCCGCCUCAGUGGCACUGAGCGGGACCUCAUUCUGCAGCGGCGCAUGGAGGCCGGCCGGCCCUGCUUGCUGGUGGCCGAGGUCAGCGAUGCCUUCGAGCGGCCGGGUGGCGGCAGCCGGCCGCAGAGCCGCGAGAGCAGCCGGCCACAGAGCCCUUCCUCCGUGGUGUCGCUGGAGGAGAGCGGCUCCCUCAUCCACUGCUACCAGGAGGCCAGCGGCGAGUGGAGGGUGCUGACGCGUCUGCCCGAGGAGGCCAAUGCCAAGGGCUGCGCCAUGUGUGUCCUCCACAACUACCUCUUCCUUGCAGGGGGCAUCGCGGUGGGGCCAGCGGGCAGCGAGCCCCGGGCCCGCCUUUCCGACAAGGUCUUCUGCUACAACCCCCUUACCGACACCUGGAGCCAGGUGCGGCCGCUGGCUCAGCCCCGCUCGCAGCUCAAGCUGCUGGCCCUGGACGGUUACCUCUACGCUGUGGGGGGCGAGUGCCUCUUCACCGUGGAGAGGUACGACCCGCGGGCCGACCGCUGGAGCCCUGUGGCACCCCUGCCCAAGGGUGCCUUCGCUGUGGCUCAUGAGGCCACCACCUGCAACGGGGAGAUCUAUGUGUCGGGAGGCUCCCUCUUCUACCGCCUGCUCAAGUAUGACCCCAAGCGUGACGAGUGGCAGGAGUGCCCUUACAACAGCAGCCGCCGGCGCUCUGCUGACAUGGUGGCCUUCAAGAGCUUCAUCUACCGCUUUGACGUGAGCAGCGGCCGUGGUGGGGAGCAGGGCCCAGGCGGUGGGGCUGGCGGUGGCGUUGAAGUUUUCCGAUACAACACGGUGGCCAAGCGCUGGAGCCAGUGCGCCAGCCUGCGGCCCAGCGGCAGCCCCAUCCAGCCCUUCCGCUGCGCCCCCUUGGGCAACACCAUCUACUGCGUCAACCGGACCGGCACUCUCCGCUUCAGCCUAGCCCAGGACGGUGAGGUGGAAGCAGAUGGUGGGCUCAAGGGCACCUUCGAUGGGGAGCUUCUUAAAGCUCCCUUGGAUGCCAAGGGUGUCCUCCUACCCUUCGUGCUCACCCUGCCCGAGAGGCUGGACAAAGCAGGGGACCAGGAGGGCUCCCUCCUGCUGUGAGGUAUCCAGCUGGCUCUGGCUUCCCAAGCGGGGAGCUGGGUUGCAGCUGUGGGGGACCCACAAACUCCCCCCUACAGAGGGGACCCUCUCUGGCGUGUUUGCAGAGACAAGGGGCUCCUCCUUUCCUCCUCUCUGCUCCCAAGAUGUUGAGCUGGAGCCACUUGGUUGUAACUCGGUUGUAACUCUUUUCGUGUUUGCUGUGCUUUGUGUGAAAAGCCAAGCACAUGAAAGGAAAAGCUGCUAUAAAGAUAAUCUCUGGAUUAUGUUUGUGCCAAUGCCCAAUCCGAGGAAAACUUUUUUACACCUGGAUUUCUAAAAAAUUCCUGACAACAGUGUCAUAAUGGGAUGUUACUGUUAGUGUUGGUUGCGUGUUUACACGUAGUUGCAAUCUGGGCUGGAGCCUUUUCUUCCAUUUGUUUUCUUUCUCUCCGGGAUGAUACCGAGGGAUAAACACUGCCGGCAACGUAGCUUGGCUGCAUUUGUUUUUACGUUAAACCAACUAUUUCCUGUGUUAGCAAAGUAUAGGAAGAACAUCUCCAUCACAGCCUUUCAUUUCUGGUGCAAUAGAUGGUUUAAGGAAGACGUGGCACUGUGUGGUCCCAGGAAUUUCAACCACAAAUGAUUUAACAGAUACCAGACUUAAAUUUUUAAGUAACACGAAUGUGUGCCACAUAUUUGUGUUUGGAAUACAAAAAAAAAAAGAAAAAGACAAGUUACCAUUUUAAAAUGUGGCAUACUAUAGCAGAUAUGAAACGUUGAUAUGUUCUUUAUCUGAAAACGGCAAUGGUUUCUGUAUAAAAAGACAUCAUUUUAUUACCUUUUUUUAUCAGAGAUUUUAAAUUAAAACAAAAAUGAAGCUGUUUAGACUGCAACCGAUUGACAUGACCAUGUAUGCCACUAGAGUUGGGGGAAAUAUUUUGUACUUCAGCUGCUCUUUAAUUAACUGCAAGUCAAGGAAGAUUAACCUAAACCAAAUGUAAAUUUUUUGAAACUGACUGCAGACAGCUUAAAUGUUUCAUUGUAUGUUCAGUAUCCUGUGGCAAGAGGCUUUUCCAGCUUAGUGCAAGACCAUUAAAGGAGGACAUGGAAAAUAGGAAUGCGCUACACAUGUUGAUUAUAUUGUGCACUAGCAUGAUGUUAUUUCCCUAUCUUUUGAUUGAGAGACUGCUUUAUUUAUUUCAAUCUAAUGAUUGCUGUAAUCAAUAAGUCCUUGUUAAUUGCAGUACGUGCUGAUGGCAUAUGCUGUCAUUGGGAUUCUGAACCACCCGAGAGCGCUGUUUGUGGAGCAGCAUCCUAACGAGACAAAACCACACAAAGCUUCUUACUGCCUGUGGAAAGUUGGAGCAUACUUUUUGUCACGUUACUCAGAAUUGGAAAAGUGUAAACCGCCUACGCAGACAGACUCUAUUGAAAAGGGCACAUGCAUUUAUUUUAUACAUUUUAUAUAAAAAAAUCAAUAGGCAAGGCAAAUGUUUUAGCUUUAUGGUAAAUCACUGAGAAACCUUUUCUGGAAAAAAAAAAAAAGAACCAGUGUUUUUGCUAUUGAUAAUUCAGCCUGGAACUGGCAUGGACUGUGGAAGGGAAUUGUUUAUACUCGAAGCUUUAGUAUAGAUUCAUAUUUUAGAAAGACAUAGGGACCUUACAUCAAAGAAAGCAGAUCUUUUUAUGUUUUAUUAAGAUGUUUCUGAUAAACAGGACAUUAGCAUUCUUAUACGUUAUUGCUAGUUCCAAAGGAAGGCAGCAGGCUCUGUCCUAAGAGACACCAUCUUCACGAAAGAGAAUAGUGAAGUUUAUAGAUACUUCUUUCCUUCACUUUCAUGUGGUUUUUUUUUCCUUUUCUCUAUCUGUCUUGCACAGGGUUUUAAUGCAGCUGAUCUGGUUAGCCAUCCUGUAGAAAACAGUUGUCCAGUCCUCAAAGUUCUUAGCCAAGCGAACCUAUUCCCUAGUGAGCUAAUUAAAGCAUCAGCCAGGUAGGAGCUGUAGGCCUGCAGAGUGUGACGCUUAUCUUAGCCUCAGUACAGGUUGGUGCAGCGGAAUUUAAUACCACAGAUGGCAUAUUCAUUAGCAAUUCACAAAGAAAUUGAUUUUUUUCACUGAAUGAUGGACUUAAUUCUCAGACAAGAAUCCUUGGAAAUGUUGACUCUAAAUAAAAUUACAGCAUUGUAGCUUGAACAGGAAAGAAAAAUGAUGUGUUUUCCUUCAGCAUCAUUUUUAUGUUAACUGUAGGAAGUGUUUCAAGCUGUGUAGUGAAACACUUAGGUGCAUACUUAAACUAAAGACAUAAGCCCUAGGGCAGAUUUUGAAUUAGUAGAGUCACCAGGAACACCCAAGGAAAUGUCUCUUUUAUCUUAACAAUAAUACAGUACGAUUUCAUAGUUCAAAAUAUUACGUAGUAUAGUUCUUAUACUACAGCAUAGUGAGGAAUCAAGCCAGCUUUUGCGUUCCUAUUAAUUAAGCAUUAAUUAAUCAUUUUAAUUCCUGCUAAUGCAUGAAAAUGUUUCUAAAUGAGUUUUGGGAAGUCUCCAUGAUUUAAGCUGCGAAAAUAUGCCAUAGACUUCCGGGAAAGAAUGAAACAUACCCUUUCUUCCAAUAUUUGUUGCUGUACACCAUGAAGAAAUACAUUUGGAAAUAAUCUUUACAGUAAUAAGCAUUCUACAAACCUGCAGUGGUUUGUAUUUUUGCUAGCUCCUAUUGUUAGAAAAGGUUGAAUCAAGUGCUUACCCGCUUUCACUGUUUACACGGUGUAAAUGAGGGCAGAGUCUGGUCUUCAUUAGUAGCUGUCCAUCAAACCUGUUUCCUUUGUACACUCUUUGCAUAAUCACAGCCUGAUGAUUGACAACAGAGGCAUGUUUCUAGCCAGAUUUCCUACUCCGUGGCCUCUGUUUCCUCCCUGGUAAGCCUGAGGCAGGUUUGCUGAGAGGUUUUUUUUCCCCCCAGUUCUAUCUUCAGCGUAUCCAAAAAAAACCCCCACCAGACUUGGGUACUAAAACCAGAAUUUAGGUGGACUUCAGGCAUUUGAAGACCAAAAUUGUCAUCCCAGAACUCUCCAGUUUAACUUAAACUGAGCAACCACGCUCCCUUUGACAUGUGGAGGUGCCGAGCAGUUCCCCUCCACCCAUUCAGAACUGCUCACCUCUGAGCAGUUACGCACCUACCUAGCUACUGCCUCAACUCCUUUGAAACUAGCUGAUGUGAAACCACUGGUGUAAUAUGGUUUUAUGGUACAAGCUAAAGGGCUAGGCCACCCUCAGAUUGCAUUUGCAUAUGUUUUGCUUUUAAAACAGAGCUAUUUUAUCUAAUAGCCUGAAGGCUACUCUAUUUGCAUGGGAACAUGGAGAUAUGCGUUUUCUUUCUUGGCCUGCAAGGAUUCAAUCCACAUCUCCCACUGCCUGAUUGGCAAUGGAUUGAAGGACCUCUUGGAGCUAAUUCCUGAUCUAUAAAUAUUUAUGUGUUUUGUAUUAUACAUUAAUUGGCUAAAAAUCUCAGAAAUGAUCCAGGUAGGUGAAUUCAAACCCUCAUCCUCAUAGUGAUCUGAGACUAGCUGGAGAGACAUAGUCCUCCCUGCUGUCUUUCUUCUCCAUGAAUCUCGCAGUCCCCUUCUCCCACUUCUGAUAGGACAUGCGGGAGAUAAUUUUUCUGCUUCCUCCUCCCUAGAGUACUCCUGCUUUCAAGGUCAUCUGCUAGAGGAUGUAGGCUUGAAUUCCCUUAAGCUGAGUAAGGACUGAACUCGGGCCUCCCACAUCACAUGUGUGUGUUCUCACAUCUAGAUGACUAUUUGGAAGAAGAGUGUGGGACCACCCCCUAUGGCUCUUUUUCAGGGAUGAACCUCAUGCACAUCCUCCAAAAGCACACAUAGGCUUCUGCACACCGAGUUCUGGGUAGAUUCCAGCUCCUGGAUGGGUAAUUCAGGACACAUUUAGUACAUGUUGGUGCAAUUGGGCAAGUUUUCUUCUGUGGAAAGCUUUUCCAGACCGGCUCUGUAUUUUGGGUUGCCAGUCUGAGGUGAGGGACUCCAUGCACUGUACUGGGAGGCCAAGCAGGGAAUUUGGAUUCUUCUCAGGGGUGACGCCUUAAGUAAAGAGGCAUUGCAGUGCCUAACAUGGAAAUGCCUAAAGCUUUCAUUGCAUCUAAAAGUAAAUCCCUGCUUCAAUAAACAAGCCUUCUUUGCAAAUGCUAGUAAUGGAUGGAACUGUACUAUUUCCAUUUAUUAACCAGUUCCAUAAAAAAAAAUCUUAAUUGCAGCAAAAGCAUGUGUACAAAUUCUGUUUACACUUGGAAACUAAGUCAAAGGAAUAAUUGGCAAAAGAAUAACCCUAUUUGAUCAAAACAGGCACUAUUAAGUGACAUGGGAAGGAUGCUAAUCAUACCCUAUUAAUGAAUGAAAUUGUGCAGUAGCUGAUGUAAAUUCUGUCCACAAAAAAAAUUUCUUUGUAAAUAAGUACCUGGUAAAAUUUAAAGUGACAAAAGAAUAAAUUAUUCACAUGAAAGCUGCAACUCUCCUGUGCUGUUUGAUUGGCUCUCAGAGUGUUGUAUCUUGAUUUAUCGCUAUUCAUGAGUGGCCUAUUGCUUUUCCUACUUUACGGUAUCCAUUGACUGCUCUGUAGAUGUGUUACCCUUCAUUAUCACACAGCUUAACAGUGGUACUGGGGUGAUUUGCUUUGUGUCCGGACUGACAUGUAGUGCUUUCUACUUCAAUGAACCCAGAAGAUUUAGUCAGAAUUGUAUCUUUGGGCUUUUUUUUUUCAGUGGCAUUGCUCCUGGGAAACUUAAGAAAGCACAAGAAGGGGAAAUGGUGGUACUGUUGAGCAGUUGUAGUAACAAGCAUUUAAUGAAUUUCUUCUUUUGUCUGCCGUUAUUCUGCGCACCAGAUUCGCACUGGAUUUAACAGAACAUCUCUGUGUAGCCAUUACCAGUAUGAGCCCAAGUACUAUUGUAGCAAAGUAUGUUUUUAUUUAAGUAUAUUUACUGCCUCAACUCCUACUUUGAGAUAAUUUAGUGCAAGUUUGUAAUAGUUCCACACAUUUAGUAGAUUACUGGAAGUAUUCUGACUUUUUAUUACUGCUACUAAAAGCAGAGAUUGACACAUAAGCUCAGUAAAACUGUGCACUCAGAAUAUAUAAUCACACACUUUUCAUUUGUUUUGGCCUACUGAAUGCUGAGAGCUGCUGGAAUAAACCCAUCCGUGUUAGGAAUCAGCAGGCUACUUUGGAGACUCUCUAACUUCCAUAAAUUACUCAAUGGGAAGAAAUGGGAGCGUAGGGCAGAGGGAUAGGAGGGAACAGAAGAAUUAGGAGUCAAAAAUACCUACUGUAUAUCCAGUUGAAACAAACAAAUAGCAGGGAAGGGAAACCAGAGUUGGUACUUGAGACAGUGAUGACUACAGAGCCAAUUUUUUUCAACUGUUUCUUAAACAGCCUGAGUUUUUACCAGUUAUGUUGUUAGUCUUAUCCUUUUGCACCUGCAGUACAUCUCAAACAACCACAGUGUUUAAUAAGCUACUUUUUGCAGGAGUCUCGUGCUUUGCUUUUAAGUCUUAGUGCAUAAACCUUGGACAAAUUUGUGAAAUCAUGAAAUAGCAAUGUCGAUGCUGCCACUUACAACAGAUUAACGAAUGCAAAUGCUUUAGACACUGUUCACAAUUCAGGUGAAUUAUAUGUGUAACUGAUGUAUUAACAGUUUCAUUUUUGAAGUAUAGGUAAAGCUUUUUAUGUACUCCAAUUUAUGCUGUAAUGAAAUAAAUACAUACAAAAAGCUUAUGCUCCCCCUUAGGGA